UAAUAUAGUCGGGUUAGAAAAAAACAUUAAUUUUAUUGUUGUUUGUUUGUUUGGUCACUACUACUGGAUAAUGGUUGGCCACUGUACGGACCGAUUUGAACAGUUAGCUGAUAACCAACGUCUCAAACAGGAGCUGUUGUGCGGCAUUUGCCGGGAAGUCAUUGCCGAUGCCAUACAAACACAAUGCUUAGGCAAACAUAACUUUUGUUACGAUUGUCUCACUUUAUGGCUGUUGUCAGGAACGGACACCAAAGUGUGUCCAGAAUGUCGACAAUCGUUGACCACCAGAAACAGUGGUCAACUGCUGCCGAAUCAUAGUGUCAUAGAGUUAGUUCCCGGCGUAUGGGUUGAACGUAAUCGUACAUUGAAUAACAUUAUCCAGGGAUUGAACACCCGAUGCGACUAUCACUGGAACGGCUGUCAAGUGUCGAUGCCGUUGGACACUAUCGAUGGCCAUAUUGCCGAAUGUUCUAAACGUUUGUGUCAAACGUGUGACCAACAGCUGGUUGUUGGCCUAACGCGCGACGAACACUGCUGUGUGGAUGCACUGAAAUCGGCGGUCGUAGAGAUGACCGGCCGAUACCAACAGUUAACCACCGAUAAGAGUCAACUUCAGCAACGCUUUUCCGCCCAUAAGAAAGUCUUAGAGCAACGACUCAAGCAAUCGGUGAUCAAUUUUAAGCGACUGAAGACAACAGACAUGAAGUAUAAUCAAGUGGUUGCCUGUUGUCAAUCGUUUUACCGAAAGUUUCAAGAAAAACGUCGACAACUUAAUGAUAUGGAAAGUCAAUUAAGAAGUCUAUUACCGACGGAAACUAGUGGUAACCUAACAACAACUGUUGAUGACAUCAAUUGUUGCCUGAUUUGUGACCAAACUCUCGGUAAUCGGCCACUGAUUGCGUGCAGUAAUACUAUUUGUUCGACCAAAUUUCAUAUGACUUGUUUAGGACUCGAUCAUAGACCCGAUGAUUUCAAAUGUCCCAAUUGCUAUACACAAGUGUCGGCGACGACAACUAUACCUAAUACAGCAAUUAAUCAGUUAAUCACUAGCCAAUCAAAUCGAGGACAGCCACCGCCACCAUCAGCAACACGACCACUGGCCGCCACCACUACCACCGCAUUCAGAUUGACCGGACCUCAAACAGCCCGGCGUAGCAUUGGACCUAUCGGUAUAGCAUAUAUUAAUAGAUACCAGUCCCAGAGAUCGCCAACACGGACGCGACAAAUGGCGCGGCGGAGCACCGGCCCGAGGAUAUAUAGAUAUCCAUAAAUAAUAAUAAUAAUAAUUGCUA